AUGUCUUCAAACGGGCGUUUCACGGCUUCCUUGCCUGGCCUUCUGGUCGAGCUGCAGCUCAUGAUAUGCGCUCAGCUGUGCUGCCAUUGUCAAGGCGUCGUGCCCGAUAACACCAGUGAGCACAUCGCGAACCGCAACGCAUUAAUUGCGCUGUCGGCGACGUCAAGACAGAUGAGGGCUGUCGCGCAGCCCUUCAUCUACCAUUAUGUGCCUGGAAGCCUUUCAGGUCGCCAUCUCCGCCUAUGGCCCUUUAUUCGCACCAUCCGCAGCCGCCCAGAUCUUGCAGCAUCUGUCAGAUGGCUGGGAGGCACUACGAAACAAGAAUUCGUCGACUCCGACGGGUUUCGACAGUGCAUGGGGAUUGACCAGGACCCUCAGCUCCAUUUGGACGAGGAUUCAAACUUCAACGUGAUCACCGAAUAUGCGGAGGAGAUCUCGUCGAUGGAAAUCGUCGAUCCGUGGCUCCUUGACAAAUUCGUGAUGGGGGUGAUCCUCUCGAUGCUGGCGAGGCUGGAGAUGCUCGAAUUUUCCGUUUCUCUGGACUUUUCGGACAGAAAAAGCUUCUACAGGGGCUGUUGGCUUCUGGACAGCCGAUUCAGCCGACUGGGAAAGACACUUCGACUUGGUUCGCUUCGGGCACUCAAGGUCAACGUUGAAAAGUACUGGCUCGCGAUGCCAUGUAUCUCCGCUCUCCUCCGCGGAGCUCCCAACCUGGAGCAGCUGCUUUUCAAGAGCUGCCAGGGGUUCUGGCAGGGGAGUUUCUCGGACCACGAUACUGCAGCGCUCAAGCCGUAUAACCCACUGGGUGUUCGGGUCCAGGUACCCAUAAUGGGCAAUCUGCGGAGUCUCGCGUUCGACGAGGCCGCGCUCCGUGACGACGAUGAAUGGUCGGAUUUUGAGUUCCUCAAGGGUAUGAUUGAACAAUGUCCACGCCUCGAGCAGUUCCAGUUCAAAGCGCUCCGCCCCGUUCCUGAUCACAACCUCACUGAUGAGGCACCUGACAUUGGACAUCAUCGACUCGUCUCUGCGGCACUGCCCGCUCGAGAGACUCUCAAAGUCCUCGACUUGAACAUCGGAAGCUGUUGGAACAGAUACACGGGGGCCUACUUGGACGAGGAUGGGCAAGUCGUGGAAGCAUAUACCCCUCCAGAUAUUGGGCCAAUGCUGGCACAAUUCAGCCGUCUGGAAGUCCUCAAGCUGGACGAGGCGGCUUUCUGCCGGCAUCAGAAUCCCAACGGCAAUGACUACGACUCCGGCGACGACUCCGACUCUGACUCCUCCGACUCCGACUCUGAACUUGAUCCUGGCGACCCAGACAAGUCGAACGAGCCAGAGAAGCCGACCUGCAUCGCCGAUAUACUUCCACUCACGGUGAAGAGACUCCACGUCCGACUCGUGCGCGGAAGUCGCGCUUGGGAGGACGCCGGUUAUCUGGCCACAGCCGUGGCAAACGGCGAAUUUCCAGCCCUAUCUGCGGUCCGAGUCGAUGCGCAGCCCUUCAGGCAAGCCCCCAAGCUUGAUUUCGAGAAGUGGGAUUCGAUUGGCGCGAAUACGGACAAGACCAUCAAAUGGCUUCACGACUUGUAUAGCCGUGUCGAUGUAUCUCUCGAGACCAACGCCGUUUCGCGCUGGGACUUGUACGAAAUAGAUGCGUGGGGAGAGGAAACAGUUUAUCUCGACCAGGAGCCAUUGACACAGGUGCUGGAAGACCUCCGCUAG